AUGUUUUGGGGUAGUAUUCGCUACGGCACAAAGAGCGAGUUGGCCAUCUGCAACGGGGACCCCGAGGCCAAGAGGGGGGGUGUAACGGCUCGGAUUCAUAAGGAAAUCCUCGAGGAAGAGCUCCCUAAGGUGAUGGAGCCAGGGAACAUCUUCAUGCAAGAUAAUGCUCCUAUUCACACCUCAAAGUUAAUGAAGGAGUGGCUAGCAAACUUCGGGUUCCCGGUUCUGGGGUGGCCUCCUUACUCCCCCGACCUCAACCCCAUGGAGAAUCUCUGGUCAUGGCUUAAACAGAGAAUCUGCAGAGACUAUCCCGACCUUGCAGACCUGCCGGCUAACGAGGACGUCAUGGAUCAGCUAAUAGAUGCCGCAGAGAGGUGUUGGGAGGCGGUUGAAGUUGAUAUGGUUAAUAGGCUGAUAGAUUCGAUGCCAGACCGGAUCGCGGCCAUCAUCGAAGCGAAAGGAUGGUACACAAAGUAUUAA